AUGAAGGUUGAAGCUGAUGCCAAGGCCAAAAGAGAGUUAGAAGAUUGCAUUCAAGAAUUAAAAAAAGAAAAUCUAAGUUAUUAUAAGUAUGAGGAGUAUGAUGAGAUGCCCACAUCUGAAGAGAGGAUAAAAAUUGUUUGUAGCAAUAAAAAAAAAACUACUAAAGGAUACUCAGCAAAAAUUCCAAUCUUAAAGAAUAAAACUAAGGCAUUUACUGGCAAGAUUGCUAAUAAGUGA